AUGUCAGGACCAGACCCCAAAGCUCAAGUCGCUCAGCUACUUGCCCCUUCAAUUGAAUCCAUCAUCGCAAAGGGCCUGAACGAAGAUUUUCCCGAUGGUCACGAAUGCCGCGUCACUCAUCUUCCCUUGGAUAUCAGCACUCUCCAGGCCAUUUGCUGCAUGAACCUUCCCAAGGCUCUUGUUGAACGCUACAGUGACCGCGCAGAAUUCACUAACCAUGGAUUUCGGCAAAUGCUCUACUUGAAUUGCGAACGAAAGGAUUCAUCCGGGCCUGGCGACUCUGUCUAUGACCUGAAUUGUAACAGCUACGUCAAGGCCAUCAAGGCAAUGAAGGAUGAGCCCCUGGAAUUUCACGAUUGGCGAACUUACGGACCUACGAAAAACAACAAGCUUGGAAACUAUGCCCUCGAGUCAGCUGAUGGAUCGCGCCUUAUCUGGGUCCGGUAUACUACAGUUGUUGAGUUGUGGGUUGAGGAUGAAGACUGCAAUAUAGGACGUAUUGCUGCAGCGCUUGACAAAGCCAUGACGGAACACGAAGGAUCUGUAUCUGCGGUGCCGAAGUCGAGCAUUUACCGGGCCAGUCUACCAGAACGCUUCACUGUCGGCGAAUCCCAGCUGAUAGAGUUCCGCCUUUCAGGGGAUAUGCAUUCCCAUAGGGAGUUCAAGCUGGAGUCUGACAAGGCCAAUGCCUUUGUUGUGGUGGUGAACGGCCUUGAACGCACAGAAGGUUCUUUCGACACCGAGUUCAGCGUGAUCUGCCGAAAGAAAGCGGAGACAAAGCUUGUUAUUCGAACAGCCCACAAGUCUUCGCUUUGGCCCAGAAAGCACGUUUAUGUGUUGAACUCUUGA